AUGGAGACCCCUUUGAACAAGAGGCAUCCGACGCUAAGAUUAGCAGAUUUUGCAGCAGCUCAGCCCAUUCCUCAUCAGAAUAUGACAGGCCUCCCGGGGAUAGGGGUUCACCAACCUCACUACAAUCAUGCCCGUCUCCACCCGGGGGACACGGGCAGCGACCCCGGAGUGGCACUCAGUCCAUUUGGACCCGAGCACAUGGCACAGACAAAUGCUUCAAAACUUAGUCCGUCUCAGCACACCCUAAGCCACCCCGAAGCCAAUACUGUGGUAUCUUUUACCACUUCUCAGACAACAUUUCCUUUCCCCGCGGCUCACCCCCACCUAGGCUACACCACCAGCAGAGACUACGUUCUCACGAGAGAUCUUCAGAGAUCAACCUCUGCUUUGCACGCGCUUGGCGAUCGGUGUAGUUCCGCCUCCUCUCCUCGUCGGCAUGGCACGUUUCUUUCUCCAACAGGUGCUUACGGGCACGCGGACGGUGGUACCCAUUCACUUUUUCCGGGACUUCAAGAUCAAACAGCCCAAGGUUCCCACUCGCAUAGUACUCUGAACGGGCAGCUGCGCCUGAGUUUUCCGGGGGACAUUUAUGGCAGGCCAGAGCAUUUCGGUCCCAGGCCCGAACACUACGGACGUUCUCUUUACGGCUUCAGCUCCUCGAACCAAAAUGGGAAUGUCGCUUCAACUCCUCAUACAGCCGCAGGGGCGUUUUUGAGGUACAUGAGACAGCCCAUCAAGCAAGAGUUAAUCUGCAAAUGGAUUGAUCAUGAACAAACUUCAAAGAAGCCCUGCAGCAAAACUUACAACACCAUGCAUGAACUGGUUAACCACGUUACCCUAGCGCACGUUGGGGGACCGGAGCUAAGCAGUCAUAUUUGUUUUUGGGAGGAAUGUCCGCGAGAUGGCAAAGCUUUUAAGGCAAAGUACAAACUGAUUAAUCACAUACGAGUUCAUACGGGAGAGAAACCGUUUCCUUGUCCUUUCUCUGGUUGCGGAAAAGUAUUCGCUCGCUCGGAAAACCUGAAGAUCCACAAGAGGACACACACAGGAGAGAAGCCAUUCAAAUGUGAAUUUGAAGGGUGCGACAGGAAAUUCGCAAACAGUAGUGACAGGAAGAAGCACUCUCACGUCCACACCAGUGACAAACCUUACUACUGCAAAGUAAGAGGCUGUGACAAGUCGUAUACCCACCCCAGCUCCUUGAGGAAACACAUGAAAGCUCACUGCAGAUUCUCCCCACCUCCUUGUGUGAACACUUGUGAGACAUACCACUCGUCGACGGCUCACAGAGAAGACCCUCUCUCCCCAAUCUCCGAGCCUCACAGGUGCCAUUCUGCAAGUCUCUCGCCUCAGGUUGCCAAUCUGAAUGAAUGGUACGUGUGCCAAGGAAACGCCGGUCCGAACCAACCUCACGGUCCGUCCAGCGAUGUUUCGUCGUAAAACUUGGAGGAGGAGGAAGCUUUCAGGAACUCGGACCCAAAUACAAUGAUUUCAUAUGCACAGUGCAAAUGCAAACGCUGCUAAAAAAUGCAAAAAUCGCCCCCCAAAAUGCGGCAAGUUCACUGAAAAUGAAAAUAGAAAUAGA